UCUGGUGUGCUGAAGAUAUGGAACAGUCAUUGGGUGUUGGGUUGCUGUAGUUGAAGUCGUUAUGGUUGUGUCUUCAUGUAAACCCCACCCUUACCAGGAUGUGUUUGACUUUCAAAUCUCUUCUCUUGAGUACAGACACAAGACCAAGCUGAUAUGACAAUGCGACUCCGUCAGAUUUUUUAUUUCUUCCUUCUUGGAAUGUUUGUUGGCUUAUCACUGAGUGGGCUCAUUUACUGGGUAAUCACCUCCAUUUGGUUUGGAUUGACUAUCACAAGCUGGUAUGAGUUAGACACACCAAAGCUUGAAGCAGAUGGGCUACUGCAGCAUAAAACCACCCAGGGCAGGGUUGCCAGAAAUCAUCUAACAGGUAACCUGGGUCGGACAGAUGUUGCUUCUGUGACACAAUGGUUAGCCCCGAUUGUAUGGGAGGGAACCUUUGACUCCACAGUGAUUGACUCCAUCUACAAACAACAAAACAUCACCGUAGCGACCACUGUCUUCGCUUUGGGAAAAUAUACACGUUUUCUCAAAGAUUUCCUGGAAUCCGCAGAGGAGCAUUACUUUGUUGGAUUUCGAGUCCAUUACUACCUGUUUACAGAUCAACCGGAGGAAGUUCCUAAUGUAAAACUAGGUCAAGAACGUUACCUGACAGUGAAGAAGCUUCCAAGUAUGAACAGAUGGCAGGAUAUCAGUAUGAGCAGGAUGGGAAUACUGGAGAAACUAAUAAAGGAUGAACUGGCCAGUGAGGCCGACUAUAUUUUCUGCCUUGACGUUGAUACAAAGUUCCAUGGCCGCUGGAGUGUGGAGUCUUUGGGUCGUCUGGUAGGUGUGAUACAUCCUUGGUUCUUUGAUGCUCCAAGGUUCAUAUUCACAUAUGAGCAUAGACCAGAGUCUCAAGCAUAUAUUCCAGCUGAAGAGGGGGAUUAUUAUUUUACUGGUGCUGCAUUCGGUGGCUCAUUGAAAGACGUACAUCAUCUCACCAAAACCUGCCGGGAGCAGAUGAACAUUGAUAUUGCAAACUCCAUUGAGGCGAUAUGGCACGAGGAGUCUCACUUGAACAAGUAUUUCCUUCAUAACAAACCCAGUAAACUGCUUUCACCUGAAUAUCUGUGGCGGGACAUUAGUAUGAGUUCAGGCUAUGUGAAAAUUAUUCGCUUCUCUCAUGUAGCUAAAAACAAUGCUGAAGUUCGGCCAAAUUUGUAGCACUAUUGUGAAAGUUUAUACCCCCCUCAACAUGUUGAGUUUCACAAUAUUUUUUUUUUUAUGAUUCGUUAGUCUUGGGUCAAACUGGUUUAAACAGCCUUUUUUUGAAGGGGGGGACGGGUUUUGUAGAUUGCUGAUUUGAUUAAAAAACAUGAUUCAAGCAAGUUAUGUUUCCACAGAGACGUCCAGUUGAAUGACAUUCUACAGUUUUGAUUAUGAAUCCUGAUUGUCAAAUCCUGUUUUAGGAUUUCUUAGUAUUAGAAGUAUGAAAAUGAGACCUGUUUCUUGACAUCAAGUAAAAUGUUUUUUCUCUCUGUUUGGAGAAAUUGUUUACUUAUUUUAAGCAAACAAUUCAUUAACUGUUUUAUGCUUACUAUGCAUUUACUUCAAAAUACCAAAAACACACACAACUUUUAUAAUAAACCCAAACAGUAACACCUGUAAUAAUGUAUUUCUUAAGCCAUAAAUAUUAAAACUGUAGCUGCUAUUAUGGUUGAUUUGAGAAAACUUUAAACAUGAUAAAAUACAUGAUUCAAAUUAUAUCAAACAUUUUAUUCAAUUUACUGAAUUGUGUAUACAAUAUUCCUUAUACAAACUGUAAUUUUGCUUUUGUCUUAUGGUGUUUCACAUGUGUUGUGUUUGUAAUGUUUGCAGUUAAAUAUAUUACCAUCUGGUUAGCACUGUAGUCCUGAAACUGUAAUGCAACCAGUCACUCCUGCAAUUCAAUCCUCCUAUUUGAACACCUGUACUUCAGUUUGUACAUGGAUCUUUCAAACCAUAAUUUAAAUAUAGAUCCGGCUUAUCCAGAAUUAUAUAUGAUUAUAACAGCAGUUACACCCUUGAUUUCUGCUUUUAUUUUGUAGAAACCAUGGAAAUACCAAAAAUGCUUAAUAUGUUAUAUGUUUUAUUAGCCAAGCAAGCAACUGUUUGGAUUAAUGUAUAGACUGAAAACUCAUCUCUGUUAUAUAGUGCAACACUGUAUAUUCUUCUUGUAUUCUUGAUUUACUGCGAGUGCCAUGUUUUACCAAUGCUUUAGAGAAAACACUUUUGUCAAGUGGUUAACACCAUAAUCAGAUGUAGUUUUAUUUUUAGUAACAGUAAUAAAGCAUCAUACAUUAAAUUUUUAAAUCUCUUAUUUA